GCACUGCUUGCCUGCUCCCUGCGCUGUCACCAUGGGCUGCUCCAAGUCCCAGCUGCUCGUAGUCCUGCUGCUGUCGCUGGCCUGGCUGGUACCCGCUUGGGGAGAAGACAAGGAAGCCCAGGUCGAGGAAGGGGUGGUGGAGGAGGAAGAGGAGGACGUCGUCUCUGAUUUGCUCCUGGAGGAAGAGGGUGUCUUGGUGCUCCAUCAGCACAACUUUGAGCGAGCCCUGCGUGAGCACCGCCUGCUGUUGGUGGAGUUCUAUGCCCCCUGGUGCGGGCACUGCCAAGCCCUGGCCCCCGAGUUCACGCGUGCCGCUGGCAUCCUGAAGAAUGACUCCGUGGGCCUGCGGCUGGCCAAGGUGGAUGCGAUGGAGGAGACGGACCUGAGUGCUGAGUUUGGCGUCACAGGGUACCCAGUGCUGAAGCUCUUCCGAGACGGGAAUCGCACACACCCCAUAGAUUUCACAGGGCAGCGGGACGCUGAGGGCAUUGUGCGGUGGAUGCGGCGGAAGGCUGGCCCCAGCACGGAGCUGCUGCAAGAUGAGGCCAGUGCCCAGGAGUUCAUCGCCUCCCAGGAUGUCGUCGUCGUCGGGUUCUUCAAGGACCUGCAGGGCAAAGCUGCGCAGGGCUUUUAUGAAGUUGCCAGUGAUGCUGUGGACGUGACCUUCGGGGUCUCCAACAGGACGGAGCUCUUCCAGAAAUAUAGCGUCAUCCCCGACACCGUUUGCCUCUUCAAGAAGUUUGAUGAGAAGCGGGCGGAUUUCCCGCUGGACGCGGAGCUGGGCCUGAACAAGGAGGAGCUCUCCCGCUUCAUUGGCCUGCACAGCCUGGAGCUGGUGACGGAGUUCACCAGUCAGAACUCACCAAAGAUAUUCGGGGCAAAAAUCCUCAACCACCUGCUGCUGUUUAUUAACAAGACCCUGGAGCCCCACCUGGAGAUCCUGGGCAGCUUCCGGGCUGCUGCACCCCCGUUCAGGGGCCAGGUUCUCUUUGUGCUUAUCGACGUGAACGGGGAAGGCGCCCAAGUGCUGCAGUACUUUGGCCUCAAGAGCCACGAGGCCCCCACCAUGCGCUUCAUCAACAUCGAGACCAACAAGAAGUACCGCAUGGCCACGGACGAGUUCGCCACCCAGGCUGUGGGCUCCUUUGCCCAGGCUGUGCUUGACGGCAAGGUCCAGCCCCAUCUCAUGAGCGAGGAGGUCCCCGAGGACUGGGAUAAGCAUCCAGUUAAAGUCCUCGUGGGCAAGAACUUUGAGCAAGUGGCUUACGAUGAGACCAAGAAUGUUUUUGUGAAGUUCUAUGCCCCCUGGUGCACACAUUGCAAGGAGAUGGCACCUGUCUGGGAGGAGCUGGGUGAGAAGUAUAAAGAUCAUGAGAAUAUCAUCAUCGCCAAGUUGGAUGCAACAGCCAAUGAGAUCGUGAAUCUCACCAUCCGUGGCUACCCUUCGCUGCACUAUUUCCCUGCUGGGCCAGACAGGAAGAUGAUUGAGUACAAGAGUGCCAGAGACCUGGAGACCUUCUCCAAGUUCCUGGAGAACGGCGGGAUGCUGCCUGCGGAGGACACACAGCCUGUGGUUCCUGAGAGCCCAGAAGAGCCCAAGGACACAAAUGGGACACGCCCGGUGGAUGCCCCUGAAAGCAGAGACGAGUUAUGAGCCCUGCCCUGCACCCAUCCCUGGGACCCCUAAGAGCGUGCACCUGGGGCAUGGACUGACCCUGCACUGGGCUGGCCUCUCGAGCCCUGUCCCCGGGCCCUGCCUCAGGCAGCAGCUACUCUCCAAAUGGUGGCAAGGCCUAUGGUGAGCGCGGCCUGGUACCUCCUCCUUUUGCAGAGCAUCCCCAGCCGGGAACAGGGCCAUCCUCCAUGCCCCCCACAUGCUCCCAGCCUCCACCCCAUCCUGCAGCACUGAUGGCCCAGAAGCCAGGCCCAGCGCACUGAGCGUCGCCCACAGCUCCCCCAGGCAGCGACACCAGUACCAAACACCUGUGCCCCAAAAUCGUGAGAUUGACAUAAAUGUCAUGAGACCUGA